AUGCCUAAGGAACGGACAGAAGUGAGCUGUUGUGUCAAAUACUUGCUCUUCUUCUUCAAUGUGUUCUUCUGGGUAAGUUUGUUUGAAAAAUGACAGAAAUAGACAUGGUGAUAAGCAGAUGUCAUAGACUCAGUGAAGAGUGAAACUGCUAAACAAUUCGAAACGCUACGGCAGUGCACUUGAUUUUGUUGUUCCUUAUUACACCUCGUCCAUUAAAAUAAACUGCUGUAAAGUACAAUGAGCUUUAACGCUAUGAAGAUUCAUUUUGUAAGCAGCUAUGGAGCUGGUAAGUUUAUAUAAGUACACAAGAGGCGAUCGCGUACUCACAUAUACAUGUCUCGUCAAGUUACUUUCACUGUCCUAUUGUCAAGUUUUAUACUGCUGAUGAGUUUGAGAUUCGCUUGAUUUUAGAAUUCAACUAUGUUUACUUGCCUUCUUUUUUAUGGUAACUCAUAUUUCUCAGUAUUGCUCGCCGUACGUGUGUCGUCAUGUCGUUUCCUUGUCGCCACUUAGUUGUUCAUGUUACAAUAUACACGACGUAAAUAGGCUCUUGACGAGUCUACCAAAAAGUACUUAUCCAGCCUUCGGUCGUCAUUGUGUAGAUCGUAAUCAACAGAAAAUAUAUUAAUGUAGUAUUGUAAGCACCGCUGUUUUUUACUGAAUUUUUUAACCUAAUUUUCUGAUACGUCCCAAGCUUUUCCAAAGAUGUACAUGUGUUUUCCAUGGUUUGUUUGCGAGUUUGAAAGCUUUUCGAAUUUCCGAACACUGGUACUAGCUCAGCUGUGAUGAUUAUUACAGUAAUAUAAGAACAACAUGUUUAUAAACAUUUCCCAAACUACUUAUUUAUAUUAUGGUAAACUAACCAACUCGAGAGCAUUUUCCGAUUGGACAAGAACAUAGGCCUUAGUUCAAACAAAACUUAUUGUUAUACAGCUGAAAAUUAUUUUCCCAAAGGCUCACGCUCUCAUUGGUUACUUCGAACUCACAUGACAUCUAACAAUGAAACUGUUUCCUGCCAAAAUCUAUGAGCAGGCAACAUUGCAAAAUCUAUGACGUCAAAGGGUAACAGUGCGCUGUUGCCCGCGAAUGUCGAACAAUGACCGCUGUUACAGCGAGGGUUAAUGAAUUUCCACAACCUGAUCAUGUGCAAGUGAGUUUGUUCACACUUGCUAGAUAUUAGACACUUACAGACUGGUCCCUCGGGAAACAGUUAAUUUUGUUUUCGGAGAAUCUCCACCUAGGGAAACAUUGAGGUUCUCGGGAAACAAUAUUAACUGUUUCCCAAGGGACCAGUCAUUAAGAGCAACGGUCAGGAAAUAUUGGCCAUCGAGUGGCAAGAGUUGAAAAAUCAAUUUCCUUCAUUUUUUGCCCAUAAAUAGCGUUUAGGUAGAUAAGUUUAAUCUAAUGUCAGUUGUUCUCGCCAAAAGCCUUUUAUUUUCGAGGAAAGUAAGAAUAUUAUUUUUCGCGGUUGGAGUCUCAAAAUGGCCAUAUUUUCAACCCGAAAUUUGCUAACAUCAACUCUCCUCGCAUUCGCAAAUAAAGCUGCAAGGAGAAAUUUGGACACUUUCCAUCAAUAGAACAACUCUUCUUCUUUCACUAGAACAUACUUUCGAAGCAAUAUCAAGACUCGUUGAACUGACAUAAAUUAUUAAAAAACCAAGAACAGGUUAACCUUGCCAGGAUUUAUGAUUUUUCCAUUAUACUUUACAUCUCCUUUUCCCCCUGAUAAGGGGUAUCGAAUGGUAAAUUCAAUACUUUGCAAGACUUUGAGACCCCAGUUUUAUAAUUUGAGACAUUUGAUGAGUUUAACGAGACGUAAAAUAAAUUUGAGGCCCUGAGACAUAAAAUCACAUGAAAACAAGACUUUGAGACCAGUCACAAAUGCUGUCGAGAUUUCAAGAUCAGGCCAACAUUUUCCGAGACCCACAUUUUUUGAGGAACCAUUCUACACCCCUCUGAUACUGUUCAUCUGAUUUCUGAAAGCUUUAAACAUUUAUAAAUUUUGGUAAAAUUUUGUUUGGAAAUGACAUGGUUCAUCUCUCUUCUAACAGCUGAUUGGUUGCUUGAUAGUUGGUAUUGGACUCUAUGCUCGCUUUGAAAAGACGGCAUAUCAAGACUUUUUCAGUGAUAUUGUUUUGGAUCCAGCCUUUGCAUUGAUCAUUGUCGGCAGCAUCAUGUUCAUCCUGGGAUUCACUGGAUGUAUUGGCGCUUUGAGGGAAAAUAUCUGCCUACUGAAAUUUGUAUGUUGAGUUGCUUAAUGAUAUUAGUACAGGUCUGCUUAAACUUUCUCAUUGUUUCCUCUUUCUCUUCAUUACAAAAAGAUUGUGGAUGUUCCAGAAAGUGCCGAGAUUAUUGACACUUCCACCCCUUGGAAGGUCUCUAACAACUGGGCAUGAAGGGCCUAGCUGCCAUCCACAUCAAAACUCAGUUGAGAUGUUUUGACAAAUAUGCCAUUUACACCAUUGUUCUGAUACCUUAAAAAAACUGGUGAACAAAGGGCAAAUUCAUGCUUUCCCUGUCCCCUCUGCAAUUUGCACUGCCGGUCAUGUUUCCCGUGGCCACAACAAAGAAGACAGUUAGGAAGGGAGGGCUAAUUAAUUAUGUUAUUUUUCCAGAACAUAACCCAUUGGUCAUACCACCCAUUUUGUUGGUGGCUGUCAAUUUCUUUGAGUUUUGUGUCUACUCUUAUUAGACUGAGUGGCUGUUAAUUAUUGCUGGUGUUAACUCAGGUAUAAAAAUAUAAGGAAAACUGAAGGAUUUUAGCUAGAGAUGAGAGUGAAUUGCAAUAUUUACAAUAUUAUUACAAAAACUUGUUAGUAAAUUACCAUUCACUCCUAUAUGUUUAUUUUUGUUUCUCUAUUGCAUACUGAAGUUUAUUUUGUGUACAUGUACAAGCUAACAAAUGUUUUUUCAAUAACUGAUCGCUUCUACUUGCACAAGGCUGAUGCCUAAAUCUUUACUAAGUAUUAUAGUACAGUAACUAUUAUUUGACCCUGAUUGCACAUAAACUCAUAAUUGUAUUUUUUAGUUCUCCGUUAUCCUAGCCAUCAUCUUCUUCCUUCAGUUAUCCCUUGGAGUGUUUGUAUUUGUGUUUCAAGAAAAGGUGAGAAGUAAGCCUUAUUUGUGUUUAUUACAGCAGCUCUUUUGAAAUGCUAAAAUUUUAAAGAGAUGUUAAACCCAUCAACAAUAGAUGGGUGUGGGGAAGGUGCCUGGUGAAACUGAAGGGAGCCACAAGUAAACUGGAAGGUAACCAUGACAACCCUGUGAGAGGCAUCCACCAGGCACCAUCACAUUGAGAACCUCAGUGGAGAAAUGUCCAGAUACUUAUCGAAAAAUAUCCAGAGAGAAGGGAAGGCUGGGAGCCAGAUUGGCUAAAGCUACUCUAUGCAAAAACAUGAGCAAAAUGAUUGACCUCAGUGAAAGCACUGCAAAAAUUUCUUAAGCCCAAGACCGCACCAGAUAUGAUUAGUGAUGGAGAGCAAUGGCCAGUAUUGUCUCUUGUUUAACCUCACCUAAAUUACAGUUAGCCACAUUUAAACUACACCAUAUAUAUUUAAACUAAAUGAACUAGACAGCCAUGGCACAGAGGUACAAAACCAGUGUAUUAUAGUUUUUGCAUAGUUUAUGUUACUAAAUAGUUGUAAUUUCAUAUUUCUCUUUGGCACAAGGGGGGUUGUUCUUCUUUUAGGGCAAUAUUAAUGUUUAUUUCUUGGUCUGGAUUCAUAAUUUGAAAGGAUUAGGCUGGAAAGUGAUAAUUUUUGAUGAAAUAUUUCAGCUGAAUCACUCAACUUUCAUCAGCCUGAUCUCUUAUUGAUUUACUUUUCAGCUAUUUUUAAACAUGUAUAUUGAUAGUGAGAUUAAGAAUCAUGUUUACUUGCAAAUGGCAAAUGUCAUCUUGAGGUUGACAAUUUCUCAAAGUACUUAGUAGGAAGGGAGCAGAGAUGAUAAUGAUUGUGCAAAAUCUUUAAAAGGGCUGGUUUUCAGUGCAACGAAGUUGGAGUCGGAGUCGUAAGUGGAGUGGUGAGAGUGCUUAUGACCUAGUGAAAAUCAAAAAUCGGAGUCGUAAGCGGAGUCAUUAGCGCGAUGGAAUCAGAGUCAGAAGAAUCAGAACAUUUUCAUUUCUUCCGACUCCACUUACGACUCCCUUGCUUAUGUUCCGCUUAUCAUCUAGUGAAAACCAGAUUGUCGGAGUCGGAAGCAGAAGCAGAAGGAUAAACCAAUUAAAAUGCACGUUCCCACGCUUUGUGAUUGGUUUGGUUCUUCUGCUUCUGUUUCCUACUCUAACAAUCUGGUUUUCACAACAGAAUCGUAAGCGGAAUCGGAAUGCUGUUUUCACUAGAUCAUAAGUUCUGAGCUUCUGAUUACGACUCAAACUCAGACUCCGUCGCUAGUGAAAACCAGCCUUUAUGGAUGAACCUAUUUCUGACACACUAUAUAUUAUUGUGCAGAUACAAUGAUAACAGUAAAUGUCUCUGACAGGACAACUUGGUUAUGCAUGUACAUUAAUUACUAAAGUUGGUCAUUUCCUACCAAUGUGAUACUAAAUCUCACCAACAUUACUGAGUGGUUGGCUGGUACAAAUAAAGCAAUCAGUUGGUAAUUUCCCAGCACGUAGGACGACCAUUUAUACAGGUUUCAAUUGACUGUGCAGUAAAAUUCUGUACUUGCACAUCUCCUUCAUUAACUCCUUCACUCCUAGUCCAAAGAAAAAUUCGCCAAAAACUCAAAAUUCUUUUUGUAAAAUCCUAACUAUUAAAUGAAUAGUACUCUGGAAAUGUUCUACCAAAGAGGUUUUGUUUAAAUGGUAACACCACUGGAUUUUGUUGGCAGUUUCAAAAGUUAGUUGCCAUAACUUGUACUAAUCCAGGAGUGAAACAACUAAAGCUGUAGUAGCAUUUCUGCCAAGUGUGGUGAAGCCAAUAAAUUUAAAAAUGAUAAUAAUAAUAAAAAAAACAUUGAAUAUAUUGUUUAAAUUUCAGGUUGAAGGUAUUGUUUCAGAGAAAAUAAAAACUACGAUAGAGAAGUACAGAGAUAAUGUUGAUUUGCAAGUGCUGAUUGAUGGAGUCCAACAGGAAGUAAGACUGUUAAAUGUCAUCUUGUUAAUCGGCCAUCUCCCUUUUUUCUCCAUUUAGCAUCGUCUGACCAACCCAAAUUUUUGGCAUUUUUCCAAAAAACGUAAACAUGGCAUAUUAGUUGAUGUGAAGAACUAGUUAAUUACUCUUUUAAAAAUGAGUAUUGUAACAGCAUUUCGUAGUACUAAGUACUAUUUUUAACCUGAAUGACAAAGAAAAUGCCAAGCCUUCUGCUACAGUUCACAUCCCUCAGGUCACAUCAAUGCCUCCCACAGUAGAAUCUUCAUGUCCGCAUGAGAGGAAUAGAGAGAAACAGGAACAUUUUCGCUACAGUAUUGUGCAUUUUGUUGACCAAAAUAUGUAAACAUUAACUUUUAAUGUGGCCCUCAUCUCCAACAAGAAAUGUUUUUUUAAAUAUCUCUAUUUGAAAAAAUCAACUCUUUAUGAAGCUGUGAUGCUUGAUAUAUCCAGGGCUUCCUGUUCUAGUGUUUCCCUAAAGUGACGGUUGCUUGUUGGAAGUUUCAGCAGUGUAUCCUUUUUCCCCUGUUGAUUAAUACAAUACAAUGCAAGACUUUAUUCAAGAUAGAAAACAAAACGAAAAAUGUCUCAAAAGGGGAGAUCUUGAGGUUUAUCCCUGUAGAAAAGAUUCCCCAAAAUAAAAGACAAAAAAACUAAAAUCUAAAACAAUUUGCAUAUCAUAAUUGAAAAUGUUUGCAAUAAUGUUAAUUAAUAUUCACAUAAAUCCUCAAUCUGUUGUGAAAUAAAGUCAACAAUGCUGCAUUUAGGAAGAAGAGUAUUUGUAGCAAUUCAAAGUGACAACUUUUACACAGAGUUUCUAAUUGUGAUUGGCUCUAGUUCGAUUACACUUUGUAAGCUUGAAAAAGUCCAAAAAAGGAAGACCAUCAUUUAAAACUAUAAUAAUCUUGUAGCACUGAACAAGAGAUAAGAAGUCUCUACGUUUCUCCAGGGUUUGCCAGUUCAGUGAGUGACAGCAGCCUUCACAGCUCAUUUCUCUGCACUUUUGUUUAAGGUCAACUGUGAUGCUCUCCUUUUUCUUACUUUUUCCAGUGAUUCAUUGUCUUUCAUUUGGCAUAGACUCCAGACAAGGGCAGCGUAUUCGUGUAUAGGUCUAACCAACGAGUUUUAGAGGCAAGAAAAUGCAUGCCAAUAUUAUCGUUUCCAGUGGAUCACUUAAUUACACCUAACACUUUGUUCACCUUGUUUACUAUGUAGGAGACUUGUUUACCCUAAGAUAGAUCAUAGUUUAUUGUGACUCCCAGGUCUUUGAUAUGUCGAUGUCCAUGUCCAUGUCUUGUUGUUUCCAUCCUCGAUAGAAAUGAUGCCUUCAGAUGGCCAUUUAAACUUGGAACCAGUUCAUAAUUUACAUUUUUCUUCUCUUGCCUCCAACAGUUCGAGUGUUGUGGUGGAAGCAGUUACAAUGACUGGGACAGGAAUGUCUACUUCAACUGUUCAUCCCCUGGAGCAGAGGCCUGUGGUGUUCCCUUUUCUUGUUGCCGAUCCGUACGUAAAAUUUCAUUUUUCAUUUAUGUUGCUAUUACCCUGGGUGUAAAUGUAAAUGUAAAUAUCAUAUUAUCCACUCCACUCAGGGCUUUUCGGGGAUGAUUUACACUGUUUGGGGGACUUUGCCAGACUGCUUAAGGUGUAGUUUACAAGUAAUUAAGGACUGAGUAAUGAUGCCUCCAUACGUGAAUGUGAAAGUGAGAUAGACCACGACACCAGGCACUACGUGCCCUACUCUUUAUGAAGAGUGUGAGGGUUCUUUAACGUCCCACAGAUUUAUUACACGUGCAAGGGCUUGUGAGAUGGGGCCUACGGUUUAUCGUCCUUAUCCGAGAAGACUAGAAAGUCUAACCAUUUACAGAUGUUAUUACAAGGGUAGCACUUUCUCCUGAGUUAUUUAAAGACCCUGAGUGUUGGUGUGGCUGGGGUUUCAACCUACGGCCUCCCACUCAGCAGACCAGUGCUUAUCCCAUUGAGCUAACCGGGCGGCGGCUAGCUCAGGGUACCAGAGGUUUUUUCUCACAUUUUUUCUCUCACAGGUUUUUUUUCUCUCAGAGGUUUUUCCUCACAUGCAACGGGAAGCUUCGUUCCGUCAGCUGCAUGUAAUAGUAAAAUGGUGUAUCAAAGGUUGUCCUUUUCACGGGGGUCACAUUUUAGACUUGACUGAAACCGAAAACUGCACAUGAAAAGCCUCUGGCACCCAGGGUAUGUUGAUAUAGGAUGACCUUUAAUACACCAUUUUACUAUUACAUGUGUAUGUCUGACAGCCACCUGUUAUGUGACAAUGUUGAAAUAUAAAAUAAAAAUUAAACUCCAUGAAAAGACAUCCUCUAAUCAUUUAUAAUCACCCUUUUAGGUGUGUUGUGGGUGCCAAAUGAAAUUCAGACUAAAGCUAUAGUUUCAACCUAGGUUGAAAGUCAAUUUCCUUUGUUUCCUUACCCUAAUUGUCAGUCAAAAGAUAUUAUCAUGGUUGAUACAGGGUUCAUUAUUUGCCAAAAAAUGCAUUGGUGUUCUUUUCAUUGUUUUGUUAAAAGAAACUGAUUAAGUUCAUUUCAUGAUGCUCCCUUAAAUAAUGUAAUCUUAAAUUUUUCCAUCAUAAACACCUAUAAGAUUAUUCUACAUGUUUGUUAGCAGCUAUUUGUCAAAAUUAUGUUUUUUAUUUUUGAUUUAUGCAGUCCUUUGUUAGUGAGAAUAUGAACUCUUACAAGGCUGACCAUCAUUAAAGUACACCAUUUUCUUUCCUUUUCUUUUCAGGAUACUAUUAACACACAGUGUGGGUAUAACAUAAGAAUAAUCACACGUACUGUAAGUCCAUAUUGAGUUAUUAUCUAAAAUUAUAAGGGUUAUUGUUUUUGUCUCUUAUAAGGGCUCUAUGAUAUGAUGAGCUUCUUUGGCAGAAUUAUAUUACUAUUAUUGGUUGUUGAAUAAAAAAAUUAGCAAUGGUAACAGGACUGAGUGGAGUCCAAUUCGGUCUGUAAUCAUACGAGUGAUUAACAAAAUCGGACGACCGCGUAGCGGGAGUCCGAUUUGUUUAAUCACGAGUAUGAUUACAGACCGAAUUGGAUGACACGAAGUUCUGUUACCAAUAUUAAUCAUAACUUUAACAAAAUUUGUUAUAUUAGGCUCUUUUUUUGCAAUAAAAACACAAACAAACAAUUCCGAGAUUUUUUUGCUAGCAGUGAAAAAAAAAGCCAUUUAAGCUUGCGCGUGAUGGCACGUACUGUCCAAUUACUUAGGCAUGACGCGUACUGUCCUAUUUAACUGUCCUAUUAAGGCUGAAAUCAGGGCAGUUGAUAGCCAAUCAGAUAAAUUAAGAAUUUUGUUAUAGUUAUGAUUAGUAAUGGUAACAGGACUGAGUGGAGUCCAAUUCGGUCUGUAAUCAUACGAGUGAUUAACAAAAUCGGACGACUGCCCGCCCUAGCAGUGAAAAAAAAAGCCAUUUAAGCUUGCGCGUGAUGGCGCGUACUGUCCAAUUACUUAGGCAUGACGCGUACUGUCCUAUUUAACUGUCCAAUUAAGGCUGAAAUCGGGGCAGUUGAUAGCCAAUCAGAUUUGACAAUUUUGUUAUAGUUAUGAUUAAUAUGAUAACAAUCAUAGUACAGUGGUUGAGUGAUCAGUCUUUCAUUUUAGUUUUGUUGUAGUGUACUUGUCAGGUGACAUUUGAUCUGAAUCUAACAAGAAAUAAUAUGUAUACAUUUUGUCAUCCUGUGUAUUCAAACAGUUCAAAGGUUUCUUUCAUCUCACGCUCAUCAGCAACUGUGUUCUUGCUUCAGGACACUGAUAGAGCAGAAGUUAUUUACACCCGUGGCUGUCUUGAUGCUGUCAAGGAGUGGUUCAAGGAAAACAUGAUAAUUAUUGGUGGGGUAGCAGUUGGAUUGGCUUUAUUGCAGGUAAUUUAUUUAUUAGAAAUUACCUUUCUAACAAUGUUAGCUUCUCAGUGACAUCCUAUAAUGCUAAGAUAUGCUAAUGGCUUAAAACAUUUGAGCCACAGGGAGUUGCUACUAGGAUCAGGCCUGACCUGGAAGAUGGGAAGUGAGAGAAUAUGGAAAAAAAGCUGAUGCAUGCCAAUGACUAGCCUGAAUUUCAGACAUUCACUCAAUUCGCAUACUCCUGACGGGAGUAUGUGACUCAAAGGAAUGUCUGAAAUUCAGGUUAGCCAAUGACUAGCACUGAAGAGGAAUUCUCAAACUCAUUAAUAAUUCAUAAAGAAAAUACAAAGAAAAUUAAUGUUUAAUGAGUGUUUGGAAAUCGGAUGAAAAACUGCUCAGUAUUUGCAUCCUUAAUUUCUCCUUCAAAAAUGAUUUUGUUUGAGAAGAAAUAUCAAACAUUCGACACAGUGUUUCAUCACCAGAUGAAACACCUCGAAGUUCGUCAAAAAUACACCGCUGCGCGUCGUAUUUUCAACUCUCUUCUCGGUGUUUCAUCUGGUGAUGAAACACUGCGUCUCAUGUUUGAUAUAUUACAUGAAACAUGACUUCUUGGAUCAAGAAAAUGAUUUUUUUUUAUCCAACAAGUCACACUACAGGUUCAUGCUAUGUAGCAUGCCUAUGUAGCACCACAAUUACGCCUUUUUUGCAAAAUUUCUUUUGACUAGAAAACAAAAUAAAUUGAUAUAUGACAAACAAUGACUAGAGCAUAAAUAGACUCUCCUUGUUGGCGAACUGAAUCAUACAGUAUUUUGUAUCUGGCCUUCAGAAUUAUCGCUUUUCUUACUUGGUAAACACUUGUUUCCAUAUCUCAAACCGCCCUUGGAUACCUUGUGAUGCGUACACAAAGUAAUUUCAUAUAUGUGAGUGAGCCCUGACAAUAGUGAUUAGGGUUAAGCACUAACAAUACUGAUUAAGUUUAAGCACUAACAAUACUGAUUUAGGGUUAAGCACUAACAAUACUGAUUAGGGUUAAGCACUGACCAUACUGAUUAGGGUUUAGCACUUAGAAUACUGAUUAGGGUCAAUGGUUAGCUUCUAUUUAGGGUUAGGGUUUUUGCUAUACUACUUCAAUCAAACCAAACUCCUGCAGCGAAUCCUCGGUGGUGUAGUGGUUAGGGCAGGAGACUGCGGACCUAGCGCUCCGGGAUUGAAUCCUGUUUGUAUUUAUGAAAUUUCUUCUUCCUUUAAAAUUGAAGAGACUUGCACUUUGACAACAUUUGUUGAGCCAAGAAACUUAGAAAUUUCAUGUAAGUGUAAGUGAAAAGGGAGAGGGCGGUUUGAGAUAUGGAAGCAAGCGCUUACCUUCUUACUUAGAGACAUUGUGGGCGUUACGGACACGACAUGACUGCAUAGUGUUACAGUUGUAGUUUCUAUGGAAACUGCAAACACAAAAAGGGUAGAGGAGAUUGAAAACUGGGUACUAACCAGUAGAGAAGUGACUAGAUACUGAAAGAGAAUGAAAGGUAGCCUCCCACGCAGACGUUCUUAGGAGUUCGUCACACGUUCUUGCCUUGCGAAAGAACGUCUGCAUGGGAGACUAAAAUGAAAGGGGAAUGUUUCGAAUUUUUUCUUUUCUAGAUCAUGGGAAUUUGUUUUGCAAACAGUCUCAUAUCAGAUAUCAAGUUGCAGCUGGCAAGAUGGGACAGAGACAUCUACUGAUUUAUAUGUCUUCAAAAAUGUAAAAAAUUUAUACAUUUUAUACAUACUGGUAAGGGACGGACCAUUAGAAAAGUUAUGGGGGGGGGUGGGGAAUUUUUGAGCUGCAGCAAUUUUUUUCAUUAUCAAAUUCCUUGUAUGAAUUUUUUUUAGGCUUUAGCAUGAAUAUUUUUUAGGGUGAAUUGGUGUGCGUGAAUUUUUUUUCAUUUAAUUUUCCCUUGCGCGAAUAUUUUUUUUGUACUUCGCCUGCCCCCCCAUAAGUUUUCUAAUGGUCCUUCCCUAAAUAGGAACAUGAGUUAUUUGCAUCAUUUUUACUCCAUUUGUCUAGCUAAACAGCUCUAAAUCAAAUUCUAAGUUUUGUAAGAGAACAAACAGUAAUGUUUGGAACUUAGUUUGCUUGAUUUCCUGAUACAAAGCUUUUCAGUUUUCAUUUUGCUUAGUUUGGCGGAAAGAGGGAGCUUAACUGUAUAUACCUUGUAAAGAAAGUCAGAGUUCCUACAAAGAAAAAAACAAAAAAUCUUAUUUUUAUCAAAAGUUAUAUCAAGUUUACAUGUAUGCAAUUUAGAAAAGGUUAAUUAAUCUUGGUUGCAUCUUUUGGUGAUUGCAUGCUAGUUGUUUUAAGUACCUGAUCAGAGCCAUUCUAUAUUCUAACUAAUACAGUCAACUCUCGCCUUGCGGACGACACUCCGCUAUAAUGGACACCACGAUAAUACGGACAACAGCUAAAUCCCAGGCAAAAAUAAAUUAUAGUUCUUUGACUGAAAUAAACUCCCGCUAUCACGGACUCCCUCUAAUGAGGACACUAACUCAAGGUGCCUACGGUGUCUGCUAUAAAGAGAUCUAGAGUGGACUGUAUAUGACCAGGAGAGUAUCCUCUCUUGAUACGACUAGAAGACUUGAAUACAUGGAUUACCAGGACGAUCCUAACAGGACUUUUUACGAUUCUAACCUGUGUCUCUUUUCAAAAAAUAUGAUUUUCUGGUGGGUAGGUUCUGUAUCUAAGGGCUUGUUUGUUUCACUCUGAAUGGCGUAGCUGUGGGACAAUAUAAGGUAGUUUAAGAUGAAAAACGAGGAAGGCGGCGAAAACAUAGCUUAAAACGUGAUUUUGCUUACCUUACUUAAAAACUUUAACGUCUAUAUUCCAUUUCAAUUAAUUUGUCAAUUGCAAACGUCCCGGUUCGCUUCUCGCUUCUAAAAAAAUGACUUGGAAAAAAUAUUGCAAUUAUCCGUUGAACGGCACGAUAGGUGACCGCAAGUUGUGAAACAUCGUUGCUUAGUCCCAGACCUCGUCUCCCCCCCCCCCCGGCCUGGUCCCCAGCGGGGAGAAGCGAGAAGUCGAGACGGCUUAAGAGGCUCUGGGAUGGCUGUAUUCGCAGGUUACACUUAACGUAGCAUCAGGAAAUCUCACCUCGUAGUCGUACAGUGACCCACGGCAAGGGAGAGAACCAAAAAAAAUGUGAUUGAUGCACGUGAAAAACUAUUGUUAGGCUUAUCAUUAUCAAAACCUUUUUUUUUUUUUAUGUUUGCGUUGCUAACCCCGUUUUUCAUUGUAAACUCCUUACUGUUUUAUUGUAAGAUGGCAAUAUAUUUAUAAUCGGUUAAGAGUGGAUUCCUUUGCAGUCACCUUCUUGCGUAUAGACGUCGCAUUUACCCAUUGGAGUUUUUUUAAAUUGUUUUUAAGUUUAAAAACAAUAGAAACUUCCAAAGGGUAAAUUCGAUGACUAUGAACAAGUAUGCUGCAAAUGAGUCCACUCUGUAAGUUUGGUGUGGCGUUUUAAAUCACAUGUUGCUUCUGUAGCAUUGAGAAACAGAGAUGCCGGGUUACACGGCAGUAGCAGUGAGUUCAUUUCCUUCAAAAUAACAGAUUCCAUGUGAAUUUUUAACUUAAGUAUAUAUUUUGUAUUUGGCUGUAGUAAAAUAUUUUAAUGAAGUGGACUUUGUGAGUUCUGCACGUAAAAACUCGCAAAGGCUUGCUGGGAACUUCAGCAACAACCGGAAUGCUUCAUCCUGGCGUUGUCCGCCGAUGUCCCUUCUACAAAAUCCACAUGCCGACACUAAUAGUUUUUUAAAUGUGAAAAAACGUGAGCCACUCUCAAGAGUUUUGGCCUUUUUUCGCUUUGUUUUGACCACGGUGCGCUGAUCAUCUCCAAAUCUGGCGCUCGGAAUUCGAAUGUCUCGUCAUUCUGGGCGAUGGUUUCUGUUUUUUUUGUUGUUGUUGCCUUAAAAUGUCUUUCUGAGGUAAACCACUACUGAAGCUACAAGUGCAUGUUAAUGUCACACCAAUUUGCGCCCAUAUUUGCUGCGAUGGUCAUUUUUAGAGAAACAGGAAAUAUUCCGCUAUUUGAUGAUUUAGACAAUCAUAUAGGAUCAGUCCGAUGUUUUGAAUGAUUUAUUGUACAUUUUUAAUUGAAUGGAGUUUUUCUCUUGAUUUGUAAAUACCAAGCUAAAACGUAAACGCACUGCUAAUAUUAAGUUUCAAGUUAAAUGCAAGUGGACGUUACCACCUGUAGACAGUUAGUCUUUACCAAGACCUCCCCUAGCCAUCUUGCGGAAACAUUUUUACCAUACAGAUUGAGAACCGCAAAUAACAGAAUUGCUUCUGGCAUUGAAUAGCUGUGAAGAAGUUGCCAAUUCGGAAGAAAUCCUACCUAGCGGUAGAUGGUAGGACAUGUUGAUCGGUCAAAGAAAACUCAGUGGAGAUUUGAAUAUCAUCAGUGUAAUGUAUGUCCGACAUUUUUUCUGCUUCUUUCCACUUUUUAUUGACCUGGCGUCGGACAUUUUUCCUUUCUAGAAAAAAAAGUUAUUUGCAAUUCUGCCAUGACAUCACGAUUAACGAACUGAUUUUCUUUUCUUUGACAAAAAAAACUUAUUGCGCCCAGGGUUGUUGACCUGUAGUUAGGUACCCUUGGUGUAUUAUGUAGAGUACUGGCGUUAGAAGAGAAGAUAUUUUAUAUAAUUGUAGUAAGAAUUAGUAUUUUGAUCAGGAGGCAGGUCUUCCUUUGCUUUACGGCUGAGCUGACUUAAAAAUAAGCUAUGAUCAAGUGCAGUUGUUUGUUUAAUUUAACUCUCACUCCCAUCAAAACCUUUGAUCUUGUGAUGUUGUUCUUUAUUAGCUUUUUACAUUGUAAUCAGAUUCAAAGUGUAACCAUCAGCUCACAUGUAGAUUUUUCAAUAGAACCUUGCUGAUUUGCUCUU